AUGAUUGAGUGUAGUCUGGCCCAGAGCUCCGCUCCUCUGCAAGACACCAACACCAAACAAACCGGCACUGAAGGCCUCUUCGACUCCCCCAACCGGGUCAACAGGACCAGUCCCUUCUCUAACCCCACACCUGCCCCUCCGCCCCCUCGUCUUGUGGAUGUCCGCCCGGCCUACACUGUCUGGUGUCUGUUGGAGGCUCGACUGGUCCGAAGCACCCUGCAGUACCUGGUGGACUGGGAGGGCUGCGGUCCUGAGAAGCGGGCGUGGGUGCCUGGCCGGGACAUCCAGGAUCCGGGAUUUGUUUGGGACUUCAACCAACUACGUGAGCAGCCAAAGCAAAAAGAUGAGCUGAGGAUUGUUUUGGUUGGGAAGACUGGAGUUGGGAAGAGUGCAGUAGGAAACACCAUCCUGGGAGAAAACACUUUUAUGUCUAAGUUAUCUUCCUCCUCUGUGACAUUGGUGUGUGACAAAACCAAAAGGAAUGUGGAUGGGCAAAAAAUUGCUAUCAUCGACACUCCAGGCUUGUUCGACACCAAAUUUACCCAAGAGGAGAUACUGAACGAGAUCAAAAAGUGCAUCACUUUUGCUGCUCCUGGUCCCCAUGCGUUCCUGAUUGUGAUCCAGCUGGGUAGAUUCACAGACGAGGAGAAAGAGGCGGUGAACAUCCUCCAGCAGAUCUUUGGCAAAGAGGCAGAAAAGUACACCAUAGUGCUUUUUACUCGUGGAGAUGAUCUAGAGGGAGAAAGUAUUGAAUCAUUCAUUAUGGGAAGUGAAGUCUGUGCAGAUUUAAAAACCUUGGUCUUUGAAGCCUGCCAUGGGAGAUAUCAUGCCUUCAACAACAGAGACCACAAUAAUCGCUCUCAGGUCUCUAAGCUGCUUGAGAAGAUCAACAACAUGACCAUAAUGGAUGGAAGACAGCACUACUACACCAACAAAAUGUUCCAAGAGGCUGAGAGAGCGAUUGAGGAGGAGAUAGAUAGGAUUCUGAAAGAGAAUGAAAAUAAGACAUGGAUAGAGAUUGAAGCACUGAAAGGUAAAUAUGGAAGAAUUGCCCUGGAUCGAGCAAUCAAGGAGCUGAAGCAAAAUAAGGAGAGAGAAGCAAGAGAUAAAGCUGAAAGAAAUAUUGCAUAUUUGAAAGCAGCUGGCUUCACUCUUGUUGGAGUGACUUUUGGAGCCUUCACGAAAGGAACCUGUAAUGUACAAUGACAGACAACAGUUUUGCCUGACUUAGUGUUUGCUGAAACAAGCACAAAUUAUACAGAAACACACUUAUUUUGCAUAACGGGAUACAUUUACAUAAGCUUAAGUUUUUGAAGAUAAAACAUUUUAGGUGAUGGGUGCAGUUGAUUCCAGGCUAAUUGUAAAAUAACAUCAUACUUUGUAUACUGUCCAGAUGUAUCUAUUUUUUCAAGUUCAUUCAGAUUUCACAGGUAUAUCCAGAUAUAUUCAUCAUUUUUUACUGUAGUUGUCAUUUUUCAUUUUAGAGUUUAAACCUGAUUGUUUUCCUUGAUUCACUAUCUAUGAAAAAAAAACG